AUGGCCGCCGCCUGCUACGAGAAGGAAGUGGUGGUAGGUGCCGCCAUGCACGGACACGGACAUCAUCAUCACCACCACCACCACCAUCAUCAUCAUCACCAUCAUCACGGCGGCGGAUUAGGAACGUCGUCCGGCGACGCGACCGGGCAGACGGUCCUGCCAGCGGCGUCCACCGGCCUCGACGACGCCGCCUCGGCCGUCGCCGCUUCUGCCGGCACGUCCGGCAGCAUCAACAACGUUGUGAACGGGAACACGACGGCGAGCGCUACCGCGACCGCCGCUACCGCGGCGGUCACCACCUACAAGGACUACUCGCAGCCGCUUCACGUGGACUGCAGCGUCGAGUACGAGCUGCCGAGCCAGGCGAAGCCGCCGCCCGGCGGCGGCGAGCCCCUCCUCAUGAUCCAUCCGUGCUACUAUCGACGCGCCGAGCGCGAGAGGAGAAGCCCCUUCGUCAAUAAUCUGCCGCCGCCAGCUGCGCCGGCGACGGCAUCCAUGUCCGCGUCUCGCAGAAGCGGCAGGAGGAGCGCCGCGACCGCUGGUGCCGCUGUGACGGUCGCUACCGCGACGGUCGCGGUCGCGGUCGCUUCGUCGACGACGGCCGCCGUAUUGCCAUCGAACGGCAACCUCGUGUCCUCCAACGUGCCCACCUCUACCGUGUCGCCGGCGACGUCCGUCGCCUCGUCUUCGGUUACCGCGGCGGCGGUGGUGGCGACCGCGGAUUCUGGCAGCAGUCUCAUAUCCACGAGCGGCCAGAUGUCCGUCGCCAUGGCGGCCUCGUAUCGCGCGGCGCUCAACGUCGCGGCCACCUUGUCUCAGCAGCAACAACAGCGGCGGCAUCAUCCCCAGCAGCAGCAGCAGCCGGGUCAUCAUCAUCACCACCAUCAUCAUAGGAAUCACGCCCAUCAGCAGCAUCACAGCCAACAGUCGCAGCAACAACGAUCCGUGACACCAACGGCUUCCGGUACCGACCUCAUCUCUGCCGACGAGAAGGCAGUCAUAUCAGGUAUUUAUCAACAUUACUUCCGCGCCAUGCGCGCGCACAAUCAUCAGCACCGCCAGCAGCAGCAGCAGCAGCAACAGCAGCAGCAGCAGCAUCGUACUACUCAUCAGCUUCAUCAUCAACCUCACCAAAGCGACCGAAGUUCCUCCUCUUCGUCGGCCACGUCGCCGACGUCCGCGUCGAUCUCCGGUAUCUUACGGCAGACCUAUCAACAGGCGUACAGCGGCGCGGCCGCGAGCUCGAGCUCGUCCAGCAGCCAUCAUCGCGGAGCUGCCACGGCGGUCGCCCAUCAUCCCUACAGGCGACCGUCGGCGACCUUGCUGUCGCGGGCAGCUUCGCACAUCGGCCAGCAGGCUUCUUCCUCCUUGUCCUCCACCUCCUCCACCUCGUCCAUUUUCGGUGCUUCCAACGGCGUCACCGCCACCGGUGUCUCCAGUGUCUACGCCAGCACGUUGCACAGAACCUCCCUGCACGCCCUCCAGGCGGCCGGUUUCUACGAGACACCGGGUUAUCACGCCCUCCUGCCCCAAAGUUAGACGACAGCGGGGAGCUCAGGCGGUUUCGCGACUCCGGUGUUCGCGGUGUUGGGCGUCUACGCGUGAUCGAAUCGAACGCUUCUUCCUCCCGCCCGGUCGGUCGGUCCUCGAUUCUCCACCGA